UAGCAUUGCACAUACAUAGCCUAACGUUACUGGUGGGCAGGGAAAGGGUUUGUGUAAAAUUACAUGUUGAAGGCGGAAAAGCUGAGAAGCGCACACACAGCUCUGCUAGCGCGGUUAUUUGGUGCACGUUCACGUUAUCAGUAAAUUAGGACAUGGCUUGCAGCUCGAUGGCCAGCUUGAGAGAAGGGAGAGCCUAAAUUGUGUCGCCUAGAUGAGAUUUUAAAAAGCGGGUGGCUUCUGUUUGCUCCAGAAAGGCGUCGUAUCGGCACUGACAGCCGUGUGAAUAUCAUUGCAGAACGACGAGGCCAGCUCUCACGCUCAGCUACACCGCGAAAUGUUCACUUCUAUUCUGGAGCUUCUUAUCCUACGGAUAUGUCUUCAGCAGUGCGGUUUUGUACACGGAUCAAAGACAGAAUGUGAGCCCAGUCAGUUCCAGUGUGGGAACGGCCGCUGCAUCCCGUCUGUCUGGCAGUGUGACGGGGAUGAGGACUGCUCAGACGGGAGUGAUGAGAACACCUGCGUUCGCAAAACCUGUGCAGAAGUGGACUUUGUCUGUCGAAACGGCCAAUGCGUCCCCAAGAGAUGGCACUGCGACGGAGAGCCAGACUGUGAGGAUGGAUCUGACGAGCGCAUGGAAGUGUGCCACACCAGGACCUGCCGUGUGAAUGAGUUUAGCUGUGGGGCCGGGUCCACCCAAUGCAUCCCCGUCUUCUGGAAGUGUGACGGAGAGAAGGACUGCGAUAACGGAGAGGAUGAAAUGAACUGUGGUAACAUCACAUGCUCCUCGCUGGAGUUCACCUGUGCGAGCGGCCGCUGCAUCUCCCGUAACUUCGUCUGUAACGGAGAGGACGACUGUGGUGACGGGAGUGAUGAGCAGGAGUGUGCCCCGUCCUCCUGUGGCCCCAGUGAGUUCCAGUGUGGCAAUGCCACCUGUAUCCCUGGCAACUGGGUCUGUGACGAUGAUGUGGACUGCCAGGACCAAUCGGAUGAGUCCCCUCAGCGAUGUGGUCGCCAACCCACGCCGCCGGCCAAAUGUUCGUCCAGCGAGACACAGUGUGGGUCUGGGGAGUGCAUCCACCGCAAGUGGCGAUGUGACGGAGACCCUGACUGUAAGGAUGGCAGCGACGAAGCCAACUGUUCUGUUCGUACCUGCAGACCGGACCAGUUCAAGUGUGAGGAUGGCAACUGUAUCCACGGCAGCAGACAGUGCAACGGUUUGCAUGAUUGUGCAGAUGGCACCGAUGAGGUCAACUGCAAAAACUUGACACAGUGCAAUGGCCCUGACAAGUUCAAGUGUCGGAGUGGAGAGUGUAUAGAGAUGAGUAAAGUGUGCAACAAGGCCCGGGACUGUCCAGACUGGAGCGACGAGCCCAUCAAAGACUGCAACCUGAAUGAGUGUCUGCUGAACAAUGGAGGCUGCUCCCACAUCUGCAGGGACAUGGUGAUUGGCUACGAGUGUGACUGCACCCCUGGACUGCAGCUCAUAGACCGCAAGACCUGUGGAGACAUCAAUGAAUGUAUGAACCCUGGGAUCUGUAGUCAGAUCUGUAUCAACCUGAAGGGAGGUUAUAAGUGCGAGUGCCACAACAGCUACCAGAUGGACCCCACCACAGGAGUGUGCAAGGCUGUGGGCAAGGAACCCUGUCUAAUCUUCACUAACCGCCGGGACAUCCGGAAGCUGGGUCUGGAGCGGCGGGAGUACACCCAGAUCGUGGAGCAGCUGCGGAACACGGUGGCACUGGACGCAGACUUCACCCAGCAGAGGAUCUUCUGGGCAGACCUGAGCCAGAGGGCCAUCUUUAGCACUGUAUUGGAUAAGCGAGGAGACGUAGGAAGUCAUGUGAAGGUGAUUGAUAAUGUGACACCUGUGGGGAUCGCUGUGGACUGGAUCUAUAACAACAUCUACUGGUCAGACCUCGGCACCAAGACCAUUGAAGUGGCCAACUUCAACGGCACCAAGCGGAAAGUUCUCUUCAGCAGCGGUUUGAAAGAGCCUGCGUCCAUCGCUGUGGAUCCACUCUCUGGAUUCCUCUAUUGGUCAGACUGGGGUGAACCAGCGAAGAUUGAGAAGUCUGGUAUGAACGGGGUUGACAGGCAGGUCCUGGUCCAGACUGAUAUUCAGUGGCCCAAUGGAAUCACUCUAGACCUGAUCAAGAGUAGACUGUACUGGGUGGACUCCAAGCUGCACAUGCUCUGUAGUGUGGACCUGAAUGGAGACAACCGUAGGAAAGUGCUGCAGUCCCCAGACUACCUGGCUCACCCCUUCGCUCUCACUGUGUUCGAGGAUCGAGUGUUCUGGACAGAUGGGGAGAACGAGGCGAUCUAUGGAGCAAACAAGUUCACAGGCGCUGAUGUGAUUACCCUGGCAAGCAAUCUGAACGAGCCGCAGGACAUCAUUGUUUACCAUGAGCUAAUCCAGCUGUCCGGAACAAACUGGUGCAAUGAGAAGGGUCUGAACGGAGGCUGUGCCUACAUGUGCCUGCCAGCUCCACAGAUCAACAAAUACUCCCCGAAGUACACGUGUGUGUGUCCGCAAGACCAGACGCUCGCCUCAGACGGCCUUCACUGCAGACCAGUGACACCUUCAGCUCCCUCAAAGGAUGAUGGGAAAGCUCUAAUACAUCCCACUCACCCCCAAGCGACCACAGUGCCAAAAGUUGUCCCCAAACCUGUCCCUGCUGAAGCCAACAGCAGUACAUCCAUCCAUGAGGUGAACUGGACAGCUAGAGGAUCUGCAGCUGCCUGGGCUAUCCUCCCUGUGUUGUUGCUUGCCAUGGCUGCAGCAGGAGGCUACUUGAUGUGGCGUAACUGGCAGCUGAAGAAUAAAAAGAGCAUGAACUUCGACAAUCCAGUGUACCUGAAAACCACAGAAGAAGACCUCAACAUUGAUAUCAGCAGGCACACCUCCAAUAUAGGCCACACAUACCCAGCAGUAAGAAGCCUACUUGAGCGAUUGGGAGUCAUCACUUCUAUAUCAGUGGUGAAUACAGAAGAUGACUUGUCAUAACCAACCUUCCAAAUGACCCCCAUCGGUUUACUGACCCUUUGGUCUCCAUGCCAAUGACCUCCGCUUCUUUAGCAGAGUUACAACCAGAUGCCUUCUGAAGAGCAUGAAGUUGUGUUUUCUGGGGGAUGUUUGUCAUUUAGUUGUGUGAAUAUGAAUUGUCUUACUCACACUCGGGCUGUGUUUAGACCGGAAGCCCAAUUCUGAGUAUUUUUAUUUUUCCCACAAAUUGGUGUUUUGACCAAUCAGAUCAGCUCUGAAAAAGAUCUGAUGUGAUUGGUCAAAAGACCAAUUGGUAGGAAAAAAAUAUCAGAAUUGGGCUUCCUGUCUAAACGCAACCUUAGUGUGUCCAAAGUGUCAAGGGAUUUUGGGAGCUUGGCCUCUACAUCCUCACUCCUUCCCCCUCAGCCCUAAAACAUUUAAAAAGUAAGUGAGGUGAUGCAGGGAGAGAUCCUGGUUCUGACCUUCAGUCCCCUAGUGGACAAGUGUCUUUGUGAAUAUUUAUGAAAAGCAUACUUUAGGCAGUACUGUCUUAAAAGAUGUAUGUUUUUUUCUUAUCAACAUUACCUCCAGAAGCACAUUCUUCUAAAGCAUUUUUGUGUGACUGCUGGGAAUAUGAGCGCUAUAGGGAAUGUGAUGGUACUACAACAUUUGUAAAAUAUUGUACAUAAACCCUCUUCCCCUAAGAACAGAAUCAGGACUCUCAAGCACUUUGAUCAAAUGUUCCACUGUAAAUAAGAUUGUAUACAUUUGACUGAAUACAUUUAUGCUAUGGUUGGGCAUAGUACCAGGGUAGAGUAAAAAUUUAUUUAAAACUGAAUUUGUUAAACUAUUUUGUAUGUUAGUGUUCUGUUGCUGUGACCUUUUCUAACCUUGUACAAUAUGGGGGACUAAAUACUGUAUCGUGAAGAAAAUGAUUUGCAAUCACUUCAAAUAAAACAAACCCCCACAAGUC